GGGGAUGCUGGAGGAGGCUUUGUCAGCUCGUCAUGAAGAGCCCUUUAACUUUAUGGGAAGACUGACUUUUCUUUCUAAGUGGGAGACCCAGAACACUCUAUCAAUUCCCUGGUGCCCAAAUCCAGCCUCAAGAAUAGCCUUCAGGCCAUUCAGAACUUUCCCCAGCUCCUCCCCCCAAGCCUAGAGACGCUGCACUGGCCCCUGGACUGGCUAAGCUGACUAAAACAGCUUCCCUCUCUGGCCUCAGCCCCCAGGGUCACGUCCCUUCAUCCUUCAGCACUCUCGCUCUUGCCACUCCCGUCUCCGCCCACCUCUCCCUUACCUGUCAUGCCCUUGUUGUAUCUUCUUUGAUUUCCCACUGUCAUUUCCCACACCUGUUCCUGGUCUAUUAUUUCCCCUCUGCUCCCUCCCCACCUGUUCCUUCCACCUGCCGCCUGUUACUCCCAUUAUCUCAUCUGCCUGUUCCCUGAAGCAGGUUCCCUCCUCCCGCUGCUGCUGGUUUCAGCAGCUGCCCAUUCUCCCGGGUGUGCUCUCUGCCUGCCUUGGCCCCUACCCUUCCCUACGGCCUGGGGCCUGGGCUCUCUGCUCUGAGCAGAAACUCGUCUGACGGCCUCCCUGUCUUCCGGGGGAGGAGUUGUCAUGGCAACAAGAGUGCGGCUGCCACCUGACACCACCAGUGGCUGGCGUGGGGCUGACUCACCCACACACCCCAAGGCCACCCACCCCGUUUGGCUUCCUCCUCCAUCCCACCCUUGUCAUUACCAUUGACCUGCCGGCUGCCCAGCCCAGCCCAACCCAACCCAGUCUGAAAGGCCCCAGCUACUCUCACCAAGAGGUGGUGCUCCCAGUGGGGGUGGGCUUGGCCCCUAGAAGAGAGACUCCAAGAGGGAGGUUCCCAAACCUGGCCACAUGUUUUACAGGAUCACCCAGGGAUGUUUUUGUAACAAAUACAGGUUUCCAAACUCCUCCCUAGAUGCAGAAAAUUAGAAUCUUGGUCCACAACUCAGGGUUUUUCAAAAGCUCCCUAAGUGAUUCUUUUGAGCCAGCCCAGCACCAGUCUGAGGACCCCCUUGUGGCAGCCAUAACUUCCUGGGACCCCCUCUCAUUUUCUCCUGGGCUUCUCUGUCCUGCUGGUUGGGUCUUCAGGCCGGCUGUGAAACUCUCCUACCAGUGCGUCUAUACAUCAGAGAAGACAGAAGGUGUGGGUUAUGGAGAAUGUCAUGUUUGGGGGAAAUAUUCCUGGCACUCUGGUUUUGGAUUCAUGUAGCCUCUAGAACUGUCAUGAUGUCUAUGUGUGUACAACAUGUGCCACCCACCAUGUUUGCACACAUGACAAGUGCCACCCAGUAUUGUCACCAUGCCUGUGUACAUAGGAAACAUGCCUCCCAGGACUGUCACCAUGCCUGUGUGCAUAGGACACAUGCCUCCCAGGACUGUCACCAAGCCUGUGUACAUAGGACACAUCCCUCCCAGGACUGUCACCAUGUCUGGCUGCACAUAACUCGGGCCAGGCAGGACUGUCACUGUGUCUGCACACAUCUGUGCGACCUUGUGCUCUCAUUGGGUGUUUAUCUCCACCACUAAACUGGGCUCCCCUGAAGAGGCAGCUCUGCAUGGGCUUUGCCUAGCACUGUCUCCAGCCAGUAAGUGUCAAAUAAACACUGAAUGAAUGAAGACGGGGAAGGGCAAGUGUAGGCUGCACAUGGUAAACGCUGAAGCCGAGGGGAAGGGCGCCUGGUAGAUGCGCCCAGCAGCAGGGUGUCUGGGGGCUGGGAUGGCCUGGUGGAGGACGGCCCUGAUGGGCUGGAGGGCAGGGAAGGAGCUGGCACUGGAGGUGGUGGUAAACAGCUGGAAAGGGCCGGGCGCGGUGGCUCAAGCCUGUAAUCCCAGCACUUUGGGAGGCCGAGACGGGCGGAUCACGAGGUCAGGAGAUCGAGACCAUCCUGGCGAACACGGUGAAACCCCGUCUCUACUAAAAAAAUACAAAAAACUAGCCGGGCGAGGUGGCGGGCGCCUGUAGUCCCAGCUACACAGGAGGCUGAGGCAGGAGAAUGGCGUAAACCCGGGAGGCGGAGCUUGCAGUGAGCUGAGAUCCGGCCACUGCGCUCCAGCCCCGGCGACAGAGCGAGACUCCGUCUCAAAAAAAAAAAAAAAAAAAAAAAAAAAAAAAAAACAGCUGGAAAGGUGGAAACAGUGCCCAUUUCACAGACAAGGGAGUAAAAGAAAAUACCUCGCACGGUGCCUGGCCUUUCCUCUUUGAGGAUCUCCUCAUUUCCGGAUUUCUCUUUGUCUGUUUCUGAGCUGGGGCUCAAAGCCCACACAUCCUGGAGAAGGACCUCCCAGAGUCACCCAGAGAGGGGUUGCCCUCGCUGUUCCUGCAAACCUUUGGGAAACAGGAGUUUGCAUUGGGGGGCCCCUCUCGUGGAUCUUGCGUAUUCUUAGGUAACUUGGGGCCUGAUGGGCGGGUCUCGAAGGCGCUGGCAGUGCCCUCCUCCGCCGCCCCACAGGGCCUGGCCCUGCCCCCGCCAGCCACACUCCGCCUCCUUCCCCUCCCCAACACUGUCCAACCUGUUUGUCUGGAGCCGCCUGUCCCCUCUCGCCGCAGCCAGGCGUGCCCUCACUCUCUGUCUCAGGAGCUCGGGACACCCCGUAACUCUUUUUGCCACUCCUUGUAAUUCCCACCAUUCUUGAAUCCCCUGACCCUGGAGUCCAGCCUGAGGUUCCACUGGGGAACAGAAACUGGCCCCCUGCCGGCGGGGAGCAUGGACUCUGGGCCCUGGGCUCUGUAGCCAGCAGCUGGCAGCAUGAAUGGGAACGGAGUGAACAGGGUGCACGGGAACGGCCUGCACGAGGCCGGCGAGUUUUACUAUGAGGCUGUGGAAGGGGCCCAGAACCCCGGGGGCCUCCUGCUCUCACCAGCUGCCUUCAUCAACCCUGCUCAGUAUGCCAGCGUGCUGGAAGGACGCUUCAAACAGCUACAAGAUGAACGAGAAGCCGUGCAGAAGAAAACCUUCACCAAGUGGGUAAACUCGCACCUGGCCCGGGUCACGUGCCGGGUGGGGGACCUGUACAGCGACCUCCGGGAUGGACGCAACCUGCUGAGGCUCCUCGAGGUGCUCUCGGGAGAGACACUGCCAAAGCCCACAAAGGGCCGCAUGCGGAUCCACUGCCUGGAGAACGUGGACAAGGCACUGCAGUUCCUCAAGGAGCAGAAAGUGCACUUGGAAAACAUGGGCUCCCAUGACAUUGUGGACGGAAACCACCGACUGACCCUUGGGCUGGUCUGGACCAUCAUCCUUCGAUUCCAGAUCCAAGACAUCAGUGUGGAGACAGAAGACAACAAGGAGAAGAAGUCAGCCAAGGAUGCCCUGCUUCUGUGGUGCCAGAUGAAGACUGCAGGUUAUCCCAACGUCAAUGUACACAACUUCACCACCAGCUGGAGAGAUGGGCUAGCCUUCAACGCCAUCGUGCAUAAACACCGGCCAGACCUGCUGGAUUUUGAGUCUCUGAAGAAGUGUAAUGCGCACUAUAAUCUGCAGAAUGCAUUCAAUCUGGCUGAAAAGGAACUGGGACUUACCAAGCUGCUGGAUCCUGAAGAUGUGAAUGUGGACCAGCCAGAUGAGAAGUCGAUCAUUACCUAUGUGGCUACUUACUACCAUUACUUCUCCAAGAUGAAGGCCCUGGCAGUGGAAGGCAAGAGAAUUGGCAAGGUGCUGGACCAUGCCAUGGAGGCAGAGCGCCUGGUGGAGAAGUAUGAGUCCCUGGCCUCAGAGCUGCUGCAGUGGAUCGAGCAAACGAUUGUGACCCUCAAUGACCGGCAGCUGGCCAACUCCCUGAGUGGGGUCCAGAACCAGUUGCAGUCCUUCAACUCCUACCGCACCGUGGAGAAGCCGCCCAAGUUUACCGAGAAAGGCAACUUGGAAGUGCUGCUCUUCACCAUCCAGAGCAAACUUCGGGCCAACAACCAGAAGGUCUACACGCCCCGCGAGGGCCGGCUCAUCUCGGACAUCAACAAGGCUUGGGAGCGGCUGGAGAAGGCGGAGCACGAGCGUGAGCUGGCCCUGCGCACCGAGCUCAUCCGCCAGGAGAAGCUGGAGCAGCUGGCCGCCCGCUUCGACCGCAAGGCUGCUAUGCGGGAGACCUGGCUCAGCGAGAACCAGCGCCUCGUGUCCCAGGACAACUUUGGGCUGGAGCUGGCAGCUGUCGAGGCAGCAGUACGGAAGCACGAAGCCAUUGAGACGGACAUCGUGGCCUACAGCGGCCGGGUGCAGGCGGUGGACGCCGUGGCUGCAGAGCUGGCCGCCGAGCGCUACCACGACAUCAAGCGCAUCGCCGCUCGGCAGCACAACGUGGCACGGCUCUGGGACUUCUUGCGGCAGAUGGUGGCCGCCCGGCGGGAGCGGCUCCUCCUCAACCUGGAGCUGCAGAAGGUGUUCCAGGACCUGCUCUACCUCAUGGACUGGAUGGAAGAGAUGAAGGGCCGGCUGCAGUCUCAGGACCUGGGCAAGCACCUGACAGGAGUGGAGGACCUGCUGCAGCUGCACGAGCUGGUGGAGGCAGACAUCGCCGUGCAGGCCGAGAGGGUGCGGGCCGUCAGCGCCUCUGCCCUGCGCUUCUGCAACCCAGGGAAAGAGUAUAGACCUUGCGACCCGCAGCUGGUGUCAGAGCGGGUAGCCAAGCUAGAGCAGAGCUAUGAGGCACUGUGCGAGUUGGCAGCGGCGCGGCGGGCCCGGCUGGAGGAGUCACGGCGGCUCUGGCGUUUCCUCUGGGAGGUGGGCGAAGCUGAGGCCUGGGUGCGGGAGCAGCAGCACCUCCUGGCCUCAGCCGACACGGGCCGGGACCUGACCGGUGUCCUCCGCCUGCUCAACAAGCACACAGCCCUGCGGGGUGAGAUGAGCGGCCGGCUGGGGCCCCUGAAGCUCACCCUGGAGCAGGGCCAGCAGUUGGUGGCCGAGGGUCACCCUGGGGCAAGCCAGGCCUCUGCCCGUGCAGCUGAGCUCCAAGCCCAGUGGGAGCGGCUAGAGGCCCUGGCCGAGGAGCGUGCCCAGCGGCUGGCCCAAGCUGCCAGCCUCUACCAGUUCCAGGCUGAUGCAAACGACAUGGAGGCCUGGUUGGUAGACGCACUGCGCCUGGUGUCCAGCCCCGAGCUAGGUCACGACGAGUUCUCCACGCAGGCUCUAGCCAGGCAGCAUCGGGCCCUGGAGGAGGAGAUCCGAAGCCACCGGCCAACCCUGGACGCCUUGAGGGAACAGGCAGCAGCCCUGCCUCCCGCACUGAGCCGCACGCCCGAGGUGCAGGGUCGGGUGCCCACCCUGGAGCGGCACUACGAGGAGCUGCAGGCCCGGGCAGGCAAGCGAGCUCGGGCCCUGGAGGCAGCCCUAGCGCUCUAUACCAUGCUCAGCGAGGCCGGGGCCUGCGGGCUUUGGGUGGAGGAGAAGGAGCAGUGGCUCAACGGGCUGGCCCUGCCUGAGCGCCUGGAGGACCUGGAGGUGGUGCAGCAGAGGUUUGAGACCCUGGAGCCUGAAAUGAACACCCUUGCAGCACAAAUCACCGCGGUGAAUGACGUUGCCGAGCAGUUACUGAAGGCCAGCCCCCCAGGCAAGGACCGCAUUGUCAACACCCAGGAGCAGCUCAACCACAGGUGGCAGCAGUUUCGGUCCCUGGCAGACGGUAAGAAGGCAGCUCUGACCUCAGCCCUGAGCAUCCAGAACUACCACUUAGAGUGUACGGAGACCCAGGCCUGGAUGAGAGAGAAGACCAAGGUCAUCGAGUCCACCCAGGGCCUAGGCAACGAUCUGGCUGGGGUGCUGGCCCUGCAGCGCAAGCUGGCUGGCACGGAGCGGGACCUGGAGGCCAUUGCUUCCCGGGUCGGUGAACUGACUCGAGAGGCAAAUGCCCUGGCUGCCGGCCAUCCCGCUCAGGCAGCGGCCAUCAACGCCCGGCUCAGAGAGGUGCAGACCGGCUGGGAGGACCUCAGGGCCACCAUGCGGCGUCGAGAAGAGUCGCUGGGGGAGGCGCGGCGGCUGCAGGACUUCCUGCGCAGCUUGGAUGACUUCCAGGCCUGGCUAGGCCGUACUCAGACUGCUGUGGCCUCUGAAGAAGGGCCAGCCACCCUGCCUGAGGCAGAGGCCCUCCUGGCCCAACAUGCAGCCCUUCGGGGAGAGGUGGAGCGGGCCCAGAGCGAGUACAGCCGGCUGCGAGCCCUGGGCGAGGAGGUGACCCGGGACCAGGCUGACCCCCAGUGCCUCUUCCUACGACAGCGACUGGAGGCCCUGGGAACUGGCUGGGAGGAGCUGGGCCGAAUGUGGGAGAGCCGGCAAGGUCGCCUGGCCCAGGCCCACGGCUUCCAGGGAUUCCUGCGGGAUGCUCGUCAGGCUGAGGGCGUACUCAGCAGCCAGGAAUAUGUUCUGUCUCACACGGAGAUGCCAGGGACACUCCAGGCUGCUGAUGCUGCCAUUAAAAAAUUGGAGGACUUCAUGAGCACCAUGGAUGCCAAUGGGGAACGGAUCCACGGGCUCCUGGAGGCUGGGCGCCAGCUGGUGUCUGAAGGCAACAUCCAUGCCGACAAGAUUCGGGAAAAGGCAGACUCCAUCGAGAGGAGGCACAGGAAGAAUCAAGACGCAGCACAGCAGUUUCUGGGCCGUCUUCGGGACAACCGGGAGCAGCAGCAUUUCCUGCAAGAUUGUCACGAGCUGAAGCUCUGGAUUGAUGAGAAGAUGCUAACAGCCCAGGACGUGUCCUACGACGAGGCCCGCAACCUGCAUACCAAGUGGCAGAAGCACCAGGCGUUCAUGGCCGAGCUGGCUGCCAACAAAGACUGGCUGGACAAGGUGGACAAGGAAGGGCGAGAGCUGACUCUUGAGAAGCCAGAGCUGAAAGCCCUGGUGUCGGAGAAGCUGGGGGACCUGCACAGGCGCUGGGAUGAGCUGGAGACCACCACCCAAGCCAAGGCCCGCAGCCUCUUUGAUGCCAACCGAGCUGAGCUGUUUGCCCAGAGCUGCUGUGCCCUGGAGAGCUGGCUGGAGAGCCUGCAGGCCCAGCUACACUCGGAUGACUACGGCAAGGACCUCACCAGCGUCAACAUCCUGCUCAAGAAGCAGCAGAUGCUGGAAUGGGAGAUGGCUGUGAGAGAGAAGGAGGUGGAGGCAAUUCAGGCCCAGGCCAAAGCGCUGGCCCAGGAGGACCAGGGUGCAGGGGAGGUGGAGAGGACCUCGAGGGCUGUGGAAGAGAAGUUCAGGGCCUUGUGCCAGCCCAUGCAGGAACGCUGCCGGCGCCUGCAGGCUUCUCGCGAGCAGCACCAGUUCCACCGGGACGUGGAGGAUGAGAUUUUGUGGGUGACAGAGCGGCUGCCCAUGGCCAGCUCCAUGGAGCAUGGCAAGGACCUACCCAGUGUCCAGCUUCUCAUGAAGAAAAACCAGACUCUGCAGAAGGAGAUUCAGGGCCAUGAGCCCCGGAUCGCGGACCUGAGGGAGCGGCAGCGUGCUCUAGGUGCAGCAGCAGCAGGCCCAGAGCUGGCCCAGCUGCAGGAAAUGUGGAAACGCCUGGGCCACGAGCUGGAACUUCGAGGGAAGCGACUCGAGGAGGCCCUGCGAGCCCAGCAGUUCUACCGUGAUGCCGCUGAGGCGGAGGCCUGGAUGGGCGAGCAGGAAUUACACAUGAUGGGCCAGGAGAAGGCUAAGGAUGAGCUGAGUGCCCAGGCAGAGGUGAAGAAGCACCAGGUGCUGGAGCAAGCCCUGGCCGACUACGCGCAGACCAUCCACCAGCUGGCAGCCAGCAGCCAGGACAUGAUUGACCAUGAGCACCCAGAGAGCACGCGGAUAUCCAUCCGCCAAGCCCAGGUGGACAAGCUGUAUGCCGGCCUGAAGGAGCUGGCGGGAGAGCGGCGGGAGCGCCUGCAGGAGCACCUCCGGCUGUGCCAGCUCCGCCGCGAGCUGGAUGACCUAGAGCAGUGGAUCCAGGAGCGCGAGGUCGUGGCGGCCUCCCACGAGCUGGGCCAGGACUAUGAGCAUGUGACUAUGCUCCGAGACAAAUUCCGAGAGUUCUCCCGGGACACGAGCACCAUCGGUCAGGAGCGCGUAGAUAGCGCCAAUGCACUGGCCAAUGGGCUCAUUGCUGGGGGCCAUGCCGCACGGGCCACUGUGGCCGAGUGGAAGGACAGUCUCAACGAAGCCUGGGCUGACCUGCUUGAGCUGCUGGACACGCGGGGUCAGGUGCUGGCCGCGGCAUACGAGCUGCAGCGCUUCCUGCACGGGGCACGCCAAGCCCUGGCGCGGGUGCAGCACAAGCAGCAGCAGCUUCCGGACGGGACUGGCCGCGACCUCAACGCUGCCGAGGCCCUACAGCGCCGACACUGUGCCUACGAGCACGACAUCCAGGCCCUCAGCGCCCAGGUCCAGCAGGUGCAGGACGAUGGCCACCGGCUCCAGAAGGCAUAUGCUGGAGACAAGGCUGAGGAGAUCGGCCGCCACAUGCAGGCCGUGGCUGAGGCCUGGGCUCAGCUUCAGGGAAGCUCUGCCGCCCGCCGGCAGCUGCUGCUGGACACCACGGACAAGUUCCGCUUCUUCAAGGCUGUCCGGGAACUGAUGCUCUGGAUGGAUGAGGUCAACCUGCAGAUGGAUGCCCAGGAGCGUCCCCGGGAUGUGUCCUCCGCGGAUCUAGUCAUCAAGAACCAGCAAGGCAUCAAGGCAGAGAUAGAGGCCCGGGCAGACCGCUUCUCCUCCUGCAUCGACAUGGGGAAGGAGCUGCUGGCCAGGAGCCACUAUGCGGCCGAGGAGAUCUCAGAGAAGCUGUCUCAGCUGCAGGCACGGCGCCAGGAGACGGCCGAGAAGUGGCAGGAGAAGAUGGACUGGCUUCAGCUGGUUUUGGAGGUGCUCGUGUUUGGAAGAGAUGCAGGGAUGGCAGAGGCCUGGCUCUGCAGCCAGGAGCCGCUGGUGCGCAGCGCUGAGCUGGGUUGCACGGUUGAUGAAGUUGAGAGCCUUAUCAAGCGGCACGAGGCCUUCCAGAAGUCAGCAGUGGCCUGGGAGGAACGAUUCUGUGCGCUAGAGAAGCUUACUGCGCUAGAGGAGCGGGAGAAGGAGCGGAAGAGAAAGAGGGAGGAGGAGGAGCGAAGGAAACAGCCGCCUGCUCCUGAACCCACAGCCAGUGUGCCUCCAGGGGACCUGGUGGGCGGCCAGACGGCUCCUGACACCACCUGGGACAGAACCCAGCUACGGCCACCACCAUCCACACAAGCCCCCAGUGUUAAUGGAGUCUGCACAGAUGGAGAGCCCUCACAGCCCCUGCUGGGACAACAGAGACUUGAGGACAGCAGCUCCCCCGAAGGGCCAGGACCUGGCCCAGGGGACGAAGCCAAUGGGCCCCGGGGAGACAGGCAGACCCGGACUCGGGGCGCGGCCCCACCUGCGAUGCCCCAGAGCAGGUCCACCGAGUCAGCCCACGCUGCCACCCUGCCUCCUCGAGGCCCAGAGCCAUCUGCCCAGGAGCAGAUGGAGGGGGUACUGUGUCGCAAGCAAGAGAUGGAGGCCUUCGGGAAGAAGGCUGCCAACAGGUCCUGGCAGAACGUGUACUGUGUCCUGCGGCGUGGGAGCCUCGGCUUUUACAAGGAUGCCAAGGCAGCCAGUGCGGGGGUGCCAUACCACGGAGAAGUGCCUGUCAGCCUGGCCAGGGCCCAGGGCAGUGUCGCCUUUGAUUACCGAAAGCGCAAACACGUCUUCAAGCUGGGCUUACAGGAUGGAAAAGAAUAUUUAUUCCAGGCCAAGGAUGAGGCAGAGAUGAGCUCGUGGCUACGGGUGGUGAACGCAGCCAUUGCCACUGCAUCUUCUGCCUCUGGAGAGCCCGAAGAGCCGGUGGUGCCCAGCACCACCCGGGGCAUGACCCGGGCCAUGACCAUGCCCCCAGUGUCACCUGUCGGGGCUGAGGGGCCUGUUGUGCUCCGCAGCAAAGACGGCAGAGAACGAGAGCGAGAAAAACGCUUCAGCUUCUUCAAGAAGAACAAGUAGCUGGGGGCAAGGUCCCAGGCCAGCUCCUUCCCUCCGUUCAGGAAACUGCCAGGGACAGUCAACAGGGACCACCCUCUUGUCAGGACAACUGCCUGCUGCUAGGGUCUGUUGCCAAGGUCAACCCAUCACCAGGAACUGUCACUGGGGACAAGUCCGUGUUCCCAAGGGCAGCCCUUCUCUUCUGCUGUUUAAUUCCAGACUGGUGGUGGGACCCAGGCAACCCCCUCUCCCACCCCCGCCGACUUCUCCCCUCUUUCCCCAGUCUCGUGCCUCUGUCCCUCACCAAGGUGCGGACAGUGCUGCACCCUCAACAUAGGCCAUGUGGGGAGUGACUGCCCCUGCCUCAGGGUCAUUCUCCCACCAUAGCGAGGGCACUCGCCUUCUGCCUUCUGGUUCCUCACCCCUGGGACCAGCCAGGAACCUCUCAGAGCUGAAGCAGGCCCUGGGGGCAGGAGUGCCAGAUGACAGGCGCAGGAGCCCUCCCUCCCCACCCCCACCCUCUAACUCCAGCUGCCACUCCAUCUCCAGCUGCUCUCAAUGGCUUUCAAGGUGUGUUGUUCAGGGACAGCCACCGCCUUGAGUCUGGCCAAGGAGGUGAUUAAACAGCUCAGCUUCUCUCACUG